ACCACCUUAUGCUUCUCGCGGAAAAUUGCAUGACUUUGUACAAGUGAAAUAAUUCUGACAUGGUAGUUAAUAAAAACCAACAAAUUGAAAAGCAUCAAGUUGAAACUCGAGGAAAGUUUUUUAACUGAUUGCAGUAAAAUGUAUAAAAUAUUCACUGGCUUUUAGAAAGCAGAAAUGGAAAAGAAAGAGUUACUAGCAGGGUUUUUAGCUCUUGCAACUGGAUAUUUACUGGUGAAUCAGUUAAGACCCGAAGAUGGACCAAUAGUGGAAAUUGAAAACGGUUUUAUUAAAGGAGUGAUCAGAUAUUCCGAUGGUGGCCGUCGUCCGUACAAAGCGUUCUAUAAAAUUCCAUACGCGUCGCCCCCAAUUGGGGACUUACGGUUCGAACCGCCCGUGCCAGCCCAAAAUUGGUCAGACGUAAAAGGUGGGUCGUAUUACGGAUCUCAAUGUAUCCAAACCGAUAUAAUUUGGUCAGGAUUAAGUUUUGGGUCAGAGGACUGUCUCUUUUGCAACGUUUUCGUUCCACUUACUGUGAGACCAAGUUCAACUCCUUUACCCGUCAUGGUUUACAUUCACGGUGGUUAUUGGCAUGUUGGAUCUGCGCAGGAUCAUGGAGAGCCUCGGAUAAUGAAUGAGGAUGUAAUUUUAGUCACAUUCAAUUACAGGCUUGGAGCAUUGGGUUUUCUCUCCACUGGUGAUGAAACUCUUCGCGGAAAUGCUGGCCUACAGGACCAAUUAAUGAUGUUAAAAUGGAUUCAGAGGAAUAUUCAUCACUUUGGUGGGGAUCCCAAUAGGGUCACCAUUUUUGGAGAGUCAGCAGGAGGUGUUUCAGUUCAAUUUCACAUACUCUCUCCAGCCUCGAGGGGUCUUUUUCACAAAGCAAUAUCACAAAGUGGAACCGCAAUUAAUUUUUUUUCUAAAAACACUCCUGCUGAAGUUAGACGCCAAUCAAAAAAUUUUGCAGAAAAGUUUUCGUGCCCUUCAGAUGACAGCAGAAAAAUGGUGGAAUGCUUGAAGAGAUUGGAUGCUGGUGAUAUCGUCAGAGCUCAUAGAGAAAACGUGGAUAUUUUUAAACGAAAUCGUUUAACAAUGUUUGCGCCAACUAUUGAAGUCAUUAAAGACGAUAAGGCGUUUUUGACUGAGGACCCUCUGAUUACAUUAGAGAAAGGGAAUUUUGCUAAAAUCCCGUGGAUCACAGGGGUUUGUGGUCAAGAAGGACUAUUUGGGUCAGCAGGUAUAAUGGCCAAUGAAACGAAGCAAAAUUUCAUUAGGAAAGAAUUGAGCACAAGUCUCCCAUCGUAUCUUUGGUACAACAAGGACGAUACCUUGACAGAAAAAAUUCGAGACUAUUACUUUGGACCUUCCAUUACAGAAGAAGAGUUUGCAGAAAAUUUGACUGACAUGCUUUCCGACAGAGCAUUUUUUCACCCUCUUCACAAGGCUGUACACCUGUAUUCGAAGCACGCUGAAACUUACGUAUACUAUUUUAAUUAUAGCGCGUUUUAUACGCUUCAAAACCCAAUUGCCGCUUCCGAGGCAUAUUUUAGAGCAUUCAACAUGGUUAUCAACGUUAUUUGGAGGUCAAUUAAAGAGUUUGUUUUUGGAUGGCCGGACGCACAUCAUGGGACUUGUCAUGGUGAUGAACUCCCCUUGUUGUUUACUAUGCCAUGGAUCCCCUCUAUUUUCUACAAGUUAACAGAAAAAGAUGCAGUCGUUUCUAAAAAUUUCAUACGGCUUUGGACCUCCUUUGCUAAAUCGGACCCUCUAAUUUUCGAUGAUGUGGAAUGGAAAUCGGUGAAUUCUACAGCAAAUGUACCAUUUCGUUACUUGGAAAUAAGUCAAAAUCUGAGAAUGAUUGAUGAGCCGUUUACUACAAGAGUUGGGUUUUGGAAGUCAAUUGAGAAGCAUUUAAUAAAGGCAACUAUGUGUGAUACAUGAAACUAUGCAUAAGUUUUUAAUCAAGUACAAACUGUACAUCGGCAAAGAUAAAUUGACAGUGAAUUUUAUAAGUGAUGUUACAAAAUAAAACUAAAUAACGACUA